UCACUGUGCACCUGCUUCUCUCCUCUCUCUCUCUCUCUCUCUCUCUUUCUCUCUCGAAGCUUUUUCUUCAUGGAUCGCAAGAACGUACUCCCCCUCGCAUUGCUCUGCCUCGUCGUCGCCGGCGUCGGAGGCCAGUCUCCCGCCGCCGCCCCCACUAAGUCCCCGGCCACCUCGGCUCCCGCCGCCUCCCCGGUCGCCGCUCCCGCCAAGGCCCCGGCCAAGCCCACGACCCCCGCUCCGGUCGCCUCGCCCCCCGCCUCCACCCCCGCUCCGGCCUCGGCUCCUCCAUCUAAGGCGGAGACCCCUGCCCCGGCCGUCACGCCCGCGUCUCCGCCUACGGCGAGCCCCCCUCCAGCUCCAGUGCCGGUGAGCUCCCCCCCGGUUCCGGCUCCCGCGAAGUCGCCUCCCUCGCCCGCGCCGACGACUGCCCCGGAGAGCUCUCCUCCGACUGCUGUGGAGGUUCCGGCGCCGGCGCCCAGCAAGAAGAAGUCCAAGAAGGGUGCGCCAGCGCCGUCGCCGGCAUUGCUCAGCCCACCUGCGCCGCCUGCUGAGGCGCCUGGGGCGAGCCAGGGUGAGGCGUCGUCUCCUGGACCGGCAUUGAACGAUCAGAGUGGAGCAGAAGCCAUGAGGAGCGUGCAGAAGAUAGCUUCAGGCCUAGCAUUGGGAUGUGCUGUCCUUGGAUUGAUCCUCUAGAGUCUAGAGAAAGACGACUGAGCGAGACGGAGAGAAAAAGAGAGAGAGAGUGAGAGAUUUGAUGUCUGUUCAUUUGAGAUUUGAUUUAAUCUUUUUUCUUCUUCUGGCCAUGUUAUCUUUAUCAUGACAGGCUGACACUCGCAUCCUUGGUUUCAUUGAUAUUAAAAUUUGUGCUUUCCCCAGAGUAAAACAGAGAUCUGUUCUUGACUGGUGACGGUGGGAUUCGUUUGGUUUCGGGAACUUUUAUGAUUUGUAAUUCUUUGUAAGGAGGUGGGGGGGUGCUUCUUGAGGGAGCUGGGCUCUGCCCUGCCUCAUUUUCUUAUUCGGGGUCUACAAACCACUUUUUUCAAA